AGUAAACAGUAAACAAUCCCUGAAAACAAACUUGCUAUGUUUGUUACUGUUUAUCUCUUGUCUCUUUCUAUGACGUCACAUUCAGACCAAAACAUUGAGGAAGUAUCCACAUGGUCCUUUUUACGUGAGCAAAACUGCUUUUCAUUGGUUAUUUCUCUUGAUAGCUUACGACUACUGUUAGGUAUAUAAGAAACCUCUUUUGAGACAAUACCUGGUUUGAAAAAAGGAGAAAAUAGUCAUAAGAAGUAUAUAAAGACUAUUUCUAGAGCCUUGUGUUAUUGGAAAGUUUUUAUUCUUCAAAUUAAAUCGACUUCUAUUUUGUUGCGGUUGAAAUAAAGCAAUUUUUGCGUCAUCGAAUCGAACCAAUCGGAGGUAGCGUUACAAAAAAACUACGUAUUCUCGAGUUCUCUUUUGUUUGAGAUCAACCACAACAUAAAUAGACAGAGAGUGAACAAGUGAAAGAAAUAUAAUAAGUCCAUGUAUGCUUGUUUUCUAUGUAGUUCACAACAUACAUAAUUUUGGCAGCAACCGUGGCUAUUUACUUACCUCGGGUUUAUUACAAUGUCCUAAGACUUCCUGCUGUUGCUGCCUGAUAUUGCAUCUAACUGCACAUGAUGUGAAGUACUACUGCCUGGAGAGCUUUCCCAAGUGAUUUAUAGUCUGUGAUAGUUAUACUAUGGGUAGCAUUUAUUGCAUGGAAGGACAUCUUUUAUCAAAUAUGCUGGAAUUGAUUUUGUGUACUUACUUUGGAGACAGUGUCUAAAAAGAGAUUCAAGUGGACUGUUUCCUUUGCCUUUUGGAAGCUGUAGAUUUGGCUUCUACACCCUCUGCUUUGUCUCUUUAGUGGUUGCCAAGGACAUAGCUUCUGUCAUAUAUUGGCUCACCACAAGACAUGAACCAUACAAUACAAGAGAACCACCAACGUUCUUUAUAUGUAGAUGAUGGACAUGACACCAUGUUGAUUAUGCAGAAUCGUAGUGCACAAAACUCAAGCUCCUCUAAAAAAGAUAAACAGGAAUUAAAAAAAAUUAAAAAGUAUAAUGGAACUUGUAAGGAGAGGCCGAAAAUUUCUGCUAUUGAUAGAUUACAAGACAAAUCUCGGGAGAGUUUUAAGGUCUCCCAGUCUGUCAGUGAAGAUGAUGCAUUGAUUAACCGAAAAUUACCGAAAGAGUUGUUAUUGAGAAUAUUUUCCUUUCUCGAUGUGGUUACGUUGUGUAGAUGUGCUCAAAUUUCCAAGUAUUGGAAUGUCCUUGCACUUGAUGGAAGUAACUGGCAGAGAGUUGAUCUUUUUGAUUUCCAGUUAGCUAUUGAGGGUCCAGUUGUUGAACAUAUUUCUAAACGAUGUGGUGGGUUUUUAAAAUCUUUGAGUCUGAGAGGAUGUCAGAGUAUAACAGAUGGUGCUUUAAUGAAAUUCUCACAGCAGUGCAGAAAUAUAGAAGAAUUAAAUUUGAAUAACUGUAAAAAGAUCACAGACCUAACUUGUCAGAGUUUAGGGAAAUAUUGUGUGAAGUUAUCUCGAUUAAAUUUGUCCUCGUGUACAGAAAUUUCAAACAAUUCUUUGAAAUUUUUGAGUGAGGGUUGUCCAAAUCUUGAAUAUCUCAACAUAUCAUGGUCAAGUCAAGUGACCAAUGAUGGGGUAGAUGCUUUGGCCAAAGGCUGCCCGAAAAUAAAAUCUUUCUAUUCCAAAGGAUGUCAUCAGAUUACUAAUGAUGGCAUAGCUCCACUGGCCAUGAGCUGCAGCAACCUACUAACUCUGAACCUUAACAGCUGCUCACACAUAACUGAUGAAGGUAUUCAACAGAUAAGUCAAAAUUGCCAUCAGUUACAAGUUCUUUGUGUGUCCAAUUGCUGUCUACUCACAGACACAUCAUUGUUUUCACUUGCUAAGGGAUGCCUUGAUAUGCGGACCUUAGAGGUAGCAAGUUGCUCGCAGUUCACAGACAGUGGUUUCCAAGCUUUAGCUAGGAGUUGUCACAUGCUGGAGCGAAUGGAUUUAGAAGAAUGUGUUUUGAUAACAGAUGCUACAUUAGCAAGUUUAGCUAUGAACUGUCCGCGUCUUACAGUACUGAGUCUUUCCCACUGUGAACUUGUCACUGAUGAUGGAAUCCGUCAUUUAGGCACAAGUGCCUGUGCUCUUGAACACCUAUCUGUCUUGGAACUGGACAACUGCCCUCUUAUCACGGAUGCUUCCCUAGAACAUUUGACUGGCUGCCAGUGCCUGCAGCGAAUAGAGCUCUAUGAUUGUCAAUUAAUCACUAAACCUGGUAUUCGCAGAUUAAAAAAUCAUUUGCCAGCCAUCAAAGUUCAUGCAUAUUUUGCACCAGUGACACCACCCCCAUCAGUUGGGGGAGGGCGACAAAGAUAUUGUCGCUGUUGUGUAAUACUUUGACAGUUAGCGAGCAAAGCUACUGACCAACGAUGUACUGUGAUGAAAUCUCUACUUAUAUCAACAUGUAAUUAUAUAUGCAUAUAUAUAUGAUUAUAUAUGAUGUGUGGGCGUAUGUGUGUGUGUGUAUAUAUAUAUAUACACCU